AUGGGGCAAUCUCUAAAUUACAAUGCAGCUAUGAAUAACAGCGGCUCUCAGGCCCUUGUUUUUGCUGGGAGCUGCGACCCGGAAUCACUGGCCUUGGGCAAUGUCAAGGGCAAAACCGUCCUUUGUUAUGCACCAGAAGAGGCAUCGCGGUGGUCGCCCCAGUUAAUACUCCCUUAUGCCAUCAAUUACACUAUUGAGGCCGGUGCAAAGGGCCUCAUCUUCGCACAAUACACCGCCAACAAUCUUGACAGCCUGGUCGGGUGCGAGGGAUUUAUGCCUUGCGCUCUGGUGGAUUUCGAGAUCGCACAUCGAAUUUUCUCCUACUGGGACAUGACUGAGAAUCCGGUGGUGAUGGUGUCUCCGGCUGUAAGUGUUGUUGGAAAUGGGGUGUUGUCGCCGAGGGUCGCCUCGUUCUCCUCCAGAGAUCCAAGCCUAUUGUUCCCUGGCAUACUGAAGCCCGACAUUACUGCUCCUGGCGUCAACAUAUUGGCAGCGGUGCGCGGCUCCUACGUGUUCUAUUCUGGGACAUCAAUGGCGUGCCCACAUGUCUCCGCAGUGACUGCGAUGCUCAAGUCGGUUCACCCUCAGUGGUCACCUGCCAUGAUCAAAUCGGCCAUCGUCACCACAGCAUAUGUGACCGAUCGUUUUGGCAUGCCAAUCCAAGCAGAAGCAGUCCCAAGGAAACUAGCCGACCCCUUCGACUUUGGUGGUGGACACAUUGACCCAAAUAGAGCCGUUGACCCUGGCUUGGUUUACGACGUUGAUGCAAGGGGGUACAACAAGUUUUUCAACUACACCCUUGGAUAUUUAGGCGGCUGUGAGUCCUACUACCUCAAUCUCAACCUUCCGUCAAUUGCCGUGCCAGACCUCAAGGACCGUGUCAUGCUUCGGCGCACCGUGACUAACAUUGGGCCAGCGGAAGCAACAUAUCAUUUAGUGGUUGAAGCUCCAGCGGGGAUAGACGUGUCCGUAGAGCCAUCUGUGAUCAAUUUCACCCAAAGCACUAGUAAAAGUGUGACGUUUAUGGUGACAUUCACAACAAGGCAGAGAGUACAAGGAGGAUACACUUUUGGGAGCUUGACAUGGUCAGACGGAAGUACCCACUCAGUGAGAAUUCCUAUUGCGGUACGGACUGUGAUACAAGACUUUGUUGCAGAUACAUCUUAA